UUUUCUUUUCUCUUAUUUCUUUCUCGUUCUCCCUGUGGAAACGAUGGAAACAACACCAUCUAGAUCUGCUGAAACUCAUACUAAUUCAUCUCUUCUUACUGAUCCUUCUCUUUUUUUUUCCAGAGAUUAUUUCGAGAGCUAAUUUACCAGCUUCAGCUUAUAAAUCCGGAGAAAAGCAUCAUGAAUCAGCUAUGUCUUUGUUCUCAAACCUUAAAAAAUGCGAUUUUUGCGAAUUUUUUUUAACGCUAGAACCCUAGAAAUUUGUGUACAGAAAAGUGGAGUGAUGUAUGAGUGACGAUGAAGAUACUGAAGAAGAAGAAGAAUCUGAGGAGUUGUAAUCGUUUCAAUGAUUUUCCUCUUGAUUCUCCCAAGUUUCUUUCCCUUGUCUUAAAAUAUUAUUUGGUCAUUGGAUACAUGUUGAGAAAUCUGAUUAUGAUUUAAGAUAAAUUAAGGAUGCUGAGAUAUGGAUUUCAAAUAAGUUUUUCUUAUGGAGAUGUUAAUAGCAUACCGAUAUAGUAAGAAUCUAGCUAAAAGUUACUUAAACUUGAUUGUUUGGUUUGUACUGUAGAAAGAAAUUUUGUAAUUUGUAAUUUUCUAUAUUGGAAGCAUGAUAAGGCUGAUGCAGUUUUAAAUCUAAUUUGUUUAAUCUCAUCUGUCUUAUUGUCGAUAUACUACAUAACUCUCUGGGUUCAUAAGUUACAAGGAAGUGGAGUUAUUAAAAUUUUGACCAAAAAUGUGUUCAACCCAAUGUUAUGGCAUCAUCAGUAUAAGGUAAUCUCAUAGUGUAGCCAACUGUAACUUUCAUGUAAUAUGAAUUAAUGCAGUACACGAAGUGUUAGUUAAAGUAUAUUAACGAUGUUUAGAGUAUUGUACCUUCAAUUCGAGGAAUUGACGCUCCUGCAACUCUUACCUGUGUUGUGCCGAAUGUAAUUCGGGUUUGAUCCUACUAAAGGUGGAACACCUGAGGUCUUAUUCAAAGUUAAUCUUGAAUAGGUGAUUGCUACUUGUUGUAAAUAUAGUUACUAGAUGCUAGUUAUUGACACUGAUCAACGAUUAUUGUCAUGGGUUUUAAGUUGAUUGUACUAGACAGAAGAAUCAAAUAGAUCCUGGUAAGGCUCUUUCUUUUGUUUCUUAUGUUUAAUUUGCAUUGUUCCUUGAGGUUGUAUAACCAGCUUAACCCAUUAUGUUAAUAGUUUCAGUUCCAAUCUGAAGUAUGAACUUGUAUGUCUUAUGAAUUCUUGUGAUGGGGAGUUAGCUUUGACAUGAUGGGGUACCUCGGACUGCGAUGUUGUAGUAAUCUUGCCUUAACUGAAGCAUGCAUUUUGUCUUUGCAUAUUGGUCAUACCAAUUCGUAGGAUCUGAAUCAUCUGAUAUUUAUUUAUGUUGCUUAAGCUUUUCCGGCUUUCAGUAUCUAUUGUUCUUAUGUUGCUCAGAGAUCGGGGGCCAAAGAUCACACUGUAAAGUUCUUCGAUUUCUCAAAAACAGUGGCGAAGAGAGCUUAUCGAGUUAUUCAGGAUACUCACAAUGUGAGAUCUUUAUCUUUUCAUCCAUCAGGGGAAUUUCUUUUAGCAGCUAUUGUCUUAUGCAACUCAUUGUGGUGCCUGAGAACCGGUUGCAUCUGUACUUCAAGAAGAGGCAAGUGGGAGAUGAUGACAAAGCUGAAGAACAGCCUUUCAACUUGACCCUGAUGAUUAUGAAGCAAGAUGCAGAGUAUAUGUGGUUCAGGUUGGAGGAUUUGUUAAUCAAAUGUGGAAUGCUUAACCUUGUUGAUCUUGCUGGGUUUGAGAACAUUUCACGUUCUGGUGCAGGAGAGGCCAUGACGGAGAAAAUAUAGCGUAUGGAGCUUAAUUCAGAAUCCAAGGACAAGGAAUUGGAGAAGGAACACAGUGUGGAAGGUGUACAAGCAGCUUAAAGCUUUGUUUUUUUUCUUUUGAGUUUGUUGUUAAGUUCAUUAAUUAGAUAGUUAUGGCUCUAAAACAGGGGUAACUUGAUUUUGUUGGAUUAAUUUUAUUAUAAAUGAACAUGGUUAACUUCAUUUUGGUAUGGGGAAUUCUAGUAUUGUCAAAACCACUAUUUUUUU